UUCACUGCUUUCAUCUCUCAGUCGCAGAAAUACGACUCAAUCGAGUUGGGGGAAAGAGUUCCUUUCUUGUCCAUUCCUUCUUUGUUUGCGUUUCUUUGAUCUCAAUCGAUCUCGCUCCUUCCCUUGCGCUCGGCUUACUUCGAAUACAAUCUAGAGGACUUGUUAGUAGAAGCCCGCGCGUUUAUUGUUCUUGUAUACCCCACAUACCGCGCACCUUGCGGAAUACCUUCAUACUUGCACUCGAUCUCUACAGCGGGCAGUUGAUUGGCAUAUGCGCGCAUACGGGAGUUCGGUUUCGCAAUUGUUUUUAGCAAAAUGCCUAGGAUCAUAAAAGGUAUUUUAGGCGCGAAUUUGUUGAAGUUUUGCGCGACUUCUAAACGUUAAUGCAGAUGAGAAUGAGGCCACCAAGGCAAAUUACAAACCUCAUUUUGACCAAUCUCCUGAUCAGUUUUUCGAUGCGGUUUCCGAUACAUCAUCAUUAAGAAAAGCCCUCGAUUUGGAGAAAAGUAUGGAGGGUUGGAUGGCGAACCGAAUAAAUAAUUCAAACAAUACAAUAGACGACGAGACUCGAUCCUCAACUUCAACUUCUUCGCUUUCAUCAAUAUCAUCUACUUCAUCCUUAGUGAGCGUCCUUCCUACAAUCGAAACCGGGAACACAAGUAUCGAGCCGGAAACUCGUCCAAGUUGCACGAAUUCUGGUGGAAAAAAUAUAUUGUUAGAAGAGAGAGAUGCGAAUAAUCUGACGAGCGAUGAAGACGAAGAUAGUACAGCCAGUUGGCAACUACCAAAUCUCAAAUUCCGUCUGAAGUUCAAGUCAGAAAUGGCAGAUUUCAUAUAUCCAAAGUCCUGUUACACUGGAUAUAAACCACCUCUUCCCAUUAUCCAGGAAAGAUUUGCCGUCGAGAAUCUGAUUCGAGAAAUCCGACGAAUAAAGGCGGAAUCGCCUAGCGAUGGAUCAGAGGAGUCGAACGAGUUCUUCGAAAUUGAACUCUCCGACUUCUCAGUUUACUCUCCUGACAAGAAAACCCAUGGUCUGAAAUUGAACGGUCUACAACACUUACAUACAAGGAAAGGAAACCCGGUGUUCUUGUUUGAUGGAAUACUCAGUGUGGGUGGAAUGCGACAUUACGUUGAGGGAAUCCCCUUUCAAGAAGUACCCGUGGGGAAUUAUGGAAAGGAUCUACAUACAGUCGGAGGCGAGAUUUGGAUUCGAUCAAAUCUAAAUCAGAAGUACGAGAUAUACUACCGACUGAAGAAUCCAUCGAAAGAGUACAAACGUUUCCACACCGGAUUCCUGUGGCUAGUUGAUCUUGCAAAACACUUUGUUGAUUUCUGCCAUUUCUGCGGGCCAGGACUUGUUACUCUCUUGAGGUUUCGCGAAGAGUUUUCUCGAUGGAUAUGGGACCAGCACGAAAAUUCAGAAGAAUUUCAUGCAUGGUGGCAUGAAUACAAUCUUCAUGACUUCGCGCAGGUCAUCGCAGUAUAUGCUGAGUUUUUGUACAAAGAGUGCUGCGGUCUCGACGAGAGUAAUGAGGUCGAUGAACUUCGAUUACAGCCAAUCUGGGACGAGGCCCUUCCUGAAAAUUUGAAAGCUGUGCCAAAACAACGCUUGGAAAAGACCAAUACAAUUGUGACCCCAUACGUCUUUGUACUUUUCAAUCAUCUCAAGUUCGGAUCUUAUCUGGAGAGUGUAGAUAUUACUGGCAUCUCGAAAAAAAGGCAUACAUCGCAGGUGGCAGACCUCAAUCUCACAGAGGGCGCGCAGAGGAAAAAGUCAAAUGUGGCUACCACCAAAAGUUUGCGGCCUGUUCGCGUCGGGGACGUCGUCUCAAUAAAGAAGGAUGGCCCCAAUUCAGUUUGGAAAGACGAGGGUUCCAGACACAGAGCAGCCGAAGAGUGCUGGUACGCUUAUGUCGUAGCCGUACAUGAGGACGAAGAGGGAUCGCCUGCAUUUGAUGUUAUAUGGUUGUACCAUCCUUCGGAAACCGCAUGUGCGAAGAUGAAGUAUCCCUGGAGUAGGGAAUACUUUAUGUCAAAUCAUUGUUCUUGCGAAGGCGACGAUCGCAUACAACCAGAAGAUGUCAUUGGGAUCAAACCCGUCCUCUGGCAUUCGGGUCCGCCAAAUGACGGCAACGGCGAUGAGUUAUUCAUUCGACAGACAUUUCUCGACCAAGAAAUAUUUGUCACCUUGAAAGAGUCGCAUAAAACAUGUGCCCAUCACCGCAACGCAUCCGAUAAAGACGACGUCUCCGAAGAGUAUCCUGUGGGCCAGACUUUAUACUCCCCUCCAGUCAGCCAGAAGAAAAACGAGCUCGAGGUUUAUGAAGUUGCAGAAUAUGUUGAUGGAGGAAAGCGAGUGAUGCUAAGAAGGUUCAUUCGCAGGCAGGAAUUUAAUGGUACAGGAAAACCUAACGAAUUGGUUUACUCGGAAAAGCUCGAAUCACACCUUAUCUCAAGAAUUUCCGGCAGAUGUUUAGUCCGGUUCUACACUCAAGAUGAUGUUGCGCAAGGCAACAUUCCUGUUCCCUACAAUCGAGAUGGAAAUGGCAAUGCCUUCUACGUUGCCACGAGGCUUGUCGAAAACGAUAGCGAAAAACGGCUCUUUCCUAUCCACGAUAACCUACCUCGAAGUGUCAAACAAGGAUUCGAUCCUUCGGUCGGUCUCUCACGGCCUGUACUUCGUGGUAUGGAUUUGUAUUGCGGAGGUGGAAAUUUUGGAAGAGGGCUCGAAGAAGGUGGCGCUGUGCGCAAUGAAUGGGCAGUGGAUUAUGAUGAUACUGCGAUUCAUACAUACCGAGCAAACUUGAAAGAUCCGGACAAAGUAAAGUUGUUUCAUGGAUCGGUUGAUGACUUGCUAUACCAGGCCAUGAAGGGAAACCCAAGGAACAAUCAAUUGAUACCAGUACCUGGAGAGGUCGAUUUGAUCUCCGCAGGAAGUCCAUGUCAAGGGUUCAGUUUGAUGAACUCGUCACGCGACAACAAGAAAGGUUUGAAAAAUCAAUCUCUGAUUGCUUCGGUGGCAGCUUUUGUCGAUGUCUACAGGCCGAAGUACGGUAUAUUGGAGAACGUUGUAAAUAUGGCCCAAAAAGGUUUGGGGAGGGAUGAAGAUAUUCUCUCGCAAUUGGUUUGCGCCAUUGUUGGUAUGGGCUAUCAAGUUGAUAUUCAGCUUCUUGAUGCUUGGAGUUAUGGCAGUCCCCAAGGACGAAGUCGCAUCUUCGUCACCUUCACCGCACCUGGCCUGGAGCCACUGAGGCACCCCCAUCACUCCCAUUCCCAUCCUCAAUGGAAAAAGAGUCUGGGGCUGGGUAAGCUGGCUAAUGGAGAAGCUUUCGGUCAUCGCCAAGAUAUGCCGACGCCAUUUUCAUACAUUUCUAUUGGGAAGGCGACGGAGCAUCUCCCGCUCAUUGGAGACGCUCAGACAAACCAGUGCACGCCAUACCCUUACCAUGUAUUGGCAUUAGGUAUUCCCGCGAGUCUCAAAUACCAAAUAGAUUGUAUUCCCACGCACCCUAGAGGAAUGAACUUUGCGAAGACAUGGGCCCAGGGUAAGGGAGUCAUGUCCAAGGAGGACAGGACAUUGUUUCCCAGCUCAGUAACCAGCAAGGGGAGAUACAGGGAAUCUGUCAUGGAUAACUCACGAGCUUGGGGUCGUGUCAUUCCAACUCGUCUCACUUCAACGAUAAUGGUAAGGCUUCACGCGACAGACUCCCGCAUAGGGAGUGUUUUGCACUGGGACGAACCCAGAUACAUGAGCGUGGCCGAAGCGCAGAUCGCUCAAGGCUUUCUAAAUGGCGAAGUAAUGAUUGGGUGGAGCCAUGAUUGGUUCAGGAUCUUGGGCAAUAGUGUUUGCAGAAACGUCUCCCUGGCUUUGGGAUUAUCUCUUCGAGAUGCAUGGCUGGGUUCUGAGGAUGUGUUGCCCUCUCCUAUUGCAAAUUCUGUCCCUGCUAGGGUUACACCAUCUUGGAGGCUCGCUGAUGGACUCUUUCCAUCUGAUUCUACAGACGAAUUGAUGAGAGAAGAUAGUCCUUUGCUGGCAACACCAGCUCCGGCACUACGCAAGGAGACUCGAAUCGUGCCUGCCGAAAGAAAGGCAAUCCUUCCCCCAGCGAAAGAAAAGGAUGACAAGAUCCCGAGGAUUGGUUCUGCUUCCCUUGGCGCCGCCGUCCGCGAUGCCCUCAAUUCCAACGAAAUGCAAGCCCAACUUGCAAGAGCACAAGAAUCCUGUCUCGCUGCUACGCGUAGCAAUUACCACUAUCAGCCAUAUAACGACGGUCUGCGGACUUUCUCGCCUAGUAGUUUUGCCUCACCAGAACACCAUAAACGUUUUCAGGCGAGAACGAUUGCUACGCCUAGUACUGGACGCACUAAACUCCCCUCCAGCAUCUCUGCAUCGCAUCCUGCUCUUCCUUCUUCCUCCACUCUUUCUACUCAGAGGCCAUCCUCUUCUUCUUUCCAAAGACCAAGACCAAAGAGCCCACGACCGCACGUCUCCAAGAAAUACAAGACUACAGUCGAGGUCCUAGUUGAGGUGAUCGAUCUGAUUUCCGACGACGAGGAUCCAGACGAGUCGGAGAAGGAAGUUCUUGCUGGGACAUCGGGUGCGGGGAAUGCUCGCAUCGGUAGUGUCCCCUCCUCUGCUGGUUGCCGAGGUGAACACGCGGGGUUUGGCGACGCCUAUGGGGGAAAUGGCGCACGUGGUGGGGGUUUUUCUGGGAUGGUGGGAGUGGGAGUGGAGAGGUAUCGGCCGGUUGAUAAUAGUAUUUUUGGAGCUUAUGGCAGCACGAGGGGGGUUCUGGAUGCGGAGAGGGGGGCGGCUGCUAGAGCGGUGGUAAGAGGAAAGCGUAGAGGGGGGAUUUGA